CACAUUUGACACUUACUUUUUAGGUUAUGUUUUUGUACACAUUUCAGCUUUAAACUUGUUUUUUUCGCCAAACGAGCCAAAACAUGUCGAUAAACCUCGAUAUAAGACUGAAACGUGCCGAUAAGGUCUACCGCGAAGACGAGAACAUCACGGGGGUCAUAGCAAUAAGCAGCACCUCAGACCUGAAGCACGACGGCAUAACGCUCACAGUCGAGGGCUGUGUCAACCUACAACUCAGCUCAAAGAACGUGGGCAUUAUUGACGCCUUCUACAAUUCAGUCAAGCCCAUACAACUGAUCGGAGUCACGUGCGAGGUGAGUGGUUCGGGGCGUCUUCCCGCGGGAGCGACGGAAAUCCCGUUUGAAGUCCCUCUAAAGCCGAAACCUAACCGCGUUUUGUACGAAACCUACCAUGGGGUUUAUAUCAAUAUCAGUUAUGCAAUACGCUGCGAUGUUAGACGUUCGUUUUUAUCGAAAGAUUUGCAAAAAAGCCAACAAUUUCUAGUGCAAUAUUGGCCGGCGCGGAACCCAGGGCCCCCGCCACAUAUCAAAGACAACAGGAAGCCGGUGCAGUUCAAGUUGAGCCCCACGACUUUAGCAUCAGGGGGCGCAGGUAACUGUCACAUUUGUCCAAUAGCUUUGCUUAUUUGGGUUACAGGCGCCCCCGAUUUUUUACUGAAAGGGCAACUCAAUUCAAUUUGCUGCAGUAUAAGCAGGCCUCUGACUGGGCAUUUGGUGCUAGAUAGGUGUGCAGCCCCUGUCAGGUCAAUUGAGUUGCAGUUGGUCAGAGUGGAGACUUGUGGCUGUGCAGAGGGGUAUGCCAGGGAGGCCACGGAGAUUCAAAAUAUACAAAUCGGAGAUGGGGACAUUCCUACAAAUGUUGACAUUCCCAUCUACAUGGUGUUCCCAAGACUGUUCACGUGCCCAACUUUGAUAACCCCCAAUUUUAAAAUUGAAUUCGAAAUAAAUUUAGUCAUCGUGUUCCACGACGACCAUUUGGUCACAAACAACUUCCCCCUGAUUCUAGUGAGAGAAUAAGAUAUAAAAAUUAUUUUAUUCAAUUAAUGCUUACAUAAGGAUAGUGUACAAAAGUAAAUAUACAUAAUAGAAUUAAGACUCAGCGACCGCCAGCGCCAAAUUCGAAACGAUAGGAUCGAGCUGUUUUUCAAUCGCCAAAAUAUGCCCUGUAUUACAAGUAUCACUAGCAAUAAAUGUUACAAUAAGUGGAA